AUGCAAUUCAAGCGUCAAUCGGCAUCAUUGAACGUGGUAAGCCUCGGCAACCAACGAACUGGGCGCACGCGGGGAGUAGUCACCGCUCACCUCUCGUCUCUUCACGACUUCUCGGCCUCCUUCUCGGCCGCUGCAUUCAUUCUCCGGGCUCUCACCACGCCUCUCCCGUCAUUCACUUCAACGGGACGGAAAUCUUGGAGUCACCUCAACGGCUUGCAGCUAGCCGAUCCGGAUUUUCUUCAACCUCGGCCCGUCGAUCUUAUUAUCGGAGCCGACUCCUACGGCAAACUCAUCGAAUCAGAAGUGAUAAAAGGCCGUCCUUCUGAACCAAUCGCACAACGAACGCUGUUCGGAUGGAUCGUCCUCGGACCAAUAUCGGACACUACCACUACUCCGACAUCCCUUCAUCACGCCUCAGUCGAGGAUGACGUGUCCCUUCAACUUCGGAAAUUUUGGGAAGUGGAAGAACUUCCGUCAGAUUCUGCUCCAACUCAAGAUGAGGAUACAGAAUUUUGCGAACAGCACUUCAAAAGCACGCAUACGCGCGACGCUUCGGGUCGCUACACAGUUCGGCUUCCGUUCAAAUUGCCUCCAACGACACUCGGAGAUUCCUUCACGGCCGCUUCCCGAUCACUUCACCGACUUCGAUCUCGGUUGUCUGACAACGAGUAUAUCAGCCAGCUGUACGCGGAAUUCCUUCAAGAAUACGAGGCUCUUCAUCACAUGAUCCCGGUUCCCGACGUAAGACCGACGAAACCGUGCUUCAUCCUUCCGCAUCGUGGAGUCGUGCGUGAGCACAGUGUCACCACAAAACUUCGAGUCGUCUUCAACGGGUCGUGCAAGACCAACACCGGCUUUUCAUUAAACGACAUACUCCAUACUGGGCCAAAACUUCAACAGGACAUUUCGGACGUACUUCUAUGGAUUCGGCAACAUCGGUUCAUCUUCGCUACUGACAUUACAAAAAUGUAUCGGCAAAUACUUCUACACCCGGAUGAUCAAGACUUCCAACGGAUUCUAUGGUACAAUUCUAACAACGAACAGAUCAGCUAUAAACUCACGACCGUAACUUACGGCCUCAGUUGCGCCCCCUAUCUAGCUAUUCGGGUCAUGCUUCAACUUGUCGAAGACGAAGGCCAAGAGUUUCCUCUAGCCGUUCCGUCGCUAACCAAGGGACGAUAUGUCGACGACAUCUUCGGCGGAGCUGAUUCUGUAUCAGAGCUUCGGGACAUUGCUCUUCAACUAGAACAAAUUUGUGCUCGCGGAUGCCUUCCACUUCAAAAAUGGACCUCGAAUUCACCAGCGGCACUUCAACAUCUUGACUCUUCAGCCUUACAACCUGAAGCAGUUUCGAUUAAAUCCGAGGAUUCGACGACGAAGCUUUUGGGCCUAGUCUGGGAUCCCAUCAAGGACGUAUUUCGGUUCAACCUUCAGGCAAACUUCUCUUCAACAAUAACUAAGCGGAUCGCCCUCUCGGAAACUGCUUCCUUGUUCGAUCCCCUUGGUUUUAUUUCUCCGGUAAUCAUUACAGCCAAAAUCUUCAUGCAGGAGCUCUGGCUCGCAAAACUGCAGUGGGACGACCUUCUCCCGGAACGACUUCAACUUCGGUGGUGGCAAUUCCGUGAAAGCUUGAGCGAUCUGCCCCUCAUUUCGCUUCCUCGGUGGCUACAUUCGUCUCCCACGGACUCGGUCGAACUUCAUGGGUUCUCUGACGCUUCGCAGCUAGCCAUGGCUGCUGUGGUUUACCUUCGAUCAACUUCUUCAGACGGCUCGACUUCUGUCACGCUCCUCGCUUCCAAAACGAGAGUGGCCCCUCUAAAACGGCUAAGUAUCCCUCGCCUCGAGCUUUCGGCUGCUCUUCUACUGGCUCGGCUCAUUGCAUACAUCCAGAAAACGCUUCCGCGAAAAGACGCGCCUCUCUAUCUCUGGACGGAUUCAUCGGUUACUCUCACCUGGGUCUCUUCGCAACCAGCUCGCUGGAAAGACUUCGUCCGGAACCGAGUUUCACUCAUUCAAGACCUGACUUCAACGGCUAAAUGGCGCUUCAUUUCGGGAAAGGAGAACCCAGCGGACUGUGCUUCGCGAGGACUGACUCCUCUUCAGUUGUCCAAGCAUUCUCUCUGGUGGUCCGGUCCCACUUGGCUAAUGAACACUUCGGAAAACUGGCCGGCACAGCCACUAAACCUUCCCACGGACGCUCCACUCGAGCAUCGGCCCGGCUUCAGCUUUACUUCAAAUCUCGAGCCAAUAGGCGAGAUUUGGGAUCUUGUUCAACGGUAUUCUUCAUUGACACGACUUCUUCGAAUCACGGCAAUGUGUCAACGAGCUCUUCAUCGUUUCAAGCGCUCCUCACCGGUUCGGACGGACAUACAGCUUACUCCAGACGAUCUUGAACAAGCAAGACUCUUCUGGGUACUACAUAUACAAUCGGCUCAUUUCGCUGCGGAACUUCGAUCAAUCUCAAACGGAAAUUUUCUGACACGGGGUCAUUUCCUGUCGGCCUUGACUCCCUUCAUCGAUUCGCAUGGAACUCUUCGCGUCGGGGGACGCCUGCAGCAUUCCAGUCUAAACUUGGAAGCAAAACAUCCGGCUAUCCUUCCACGUCAUUCGACAUUCACGACGCUCGUCAUCGCUGACGCGCACCUCAAGACUCUUCACGGCGGAACUCAAUCGACCUUGACUCUCCUUCGUUCCAAUUACUGGAUCGUCGGAGGUCGAGCACCAAUAAGAUCGUUCAUUCUUCACUGCGCUAAAUGCGUUCGGUUUCGAGGACUUCGAGCUCAACAGCUCAUGGGGCAACUUCCGAUCAGUCGUGCUACUCCUUCUCGGGCAUUCCUUCACACCGGACUUGAUUACGCCGGACCCUUCACAGUAAAAACAUGGCGAGGCCGGAAUACGAAAACAUACAAAGGAUAUCUGGCCGUCUUCGUUUGUUUUUCAACGUCAGCUGUUCACUUGGAACUGGUGACAGACUAUACCUCGGAUGCCUUCAUCGCGGCCUUUCGGCGGUUCACGAGUCGUCGAGGCAUUUGUCAUACGCUCUAUAGCGAUUGCGGGACGAACUUCAUCGGAGCUGAUGCCCAACUUCAAGGACUCUUCAAAGAAAGUGCGGCAGAAAUGCCACACAUAAUUUCUUCGCUGACUAACAUCGGAACUCGGUGGUCCUUCAACCCCCCCUCGGCUCCUCACAUGGGAGGAAAGUGGGAGGCCGCCGUCAAAUCGGCAAAACAUCACCUUCAACGGGUUAUCGGGGACUCAGCACUUACGUAUGAAGAAUUUACAACUCUUCUUACGCAAGUCGAGUCAGUGCUAAAUUCACGUCCGCUGGGCGCCAUGUCAGACGAUCCGGAUGACUUCUCUGCCCUGACUCCUGGCCACUUCCUCAUCGGCGAGGCCCUAAAUUCAGUUCCGGAACCUUCGCUCACUUCAACUCCGGAGCUAAAACUUCCGCGCUGGGCCCAAAUUCAACGGAGAUUCCAGCAGAUUUGGCAACGCUGGUCAUCGGACUAUCUUCAACACGGUUUAGCCACUUCCAAGUGGCGACAUCCUCGGAACGAGAUCCAGGUUGGCUCCCUGGUCCUCAUCACGGAUGAACGACUUCCGCCUUCAAAGUGGCCGCUCGCCAGAGUGGUCUCACUUCAUCCCGGGGAAGACGAACUCACCCGAGUCGUCACACUUCGCACGGAGUCAUCCACCUUCAAGCGGCCAAUUUCAAAGCUCUGCAUUCUUCCGGUUACUUCUUCGACAACAUCGGUUGCCGAAGGCGGGGAGUGUGUUCAGAAAAGGGCAUAG